AUGCCUUCCGAAGGCGUGCGUGCGUGCGACUUAUGCAACAUCCGCAAAAUAAAAUGCGAUCGAAGGAACCCGUGCGCUCGGUGUGUCGGUGCUGGCUUCACUUGUACAGCGGUGCGACAGCACAAGAAAUCCGGACCACGCAGCUUGCGCCAGUCUAAGGCGAAGAUCUUGAAGCAGCAGCAACAACAGCCACAACAUCGACUUACGCAACUUUCUCCACUUGACUCCUGGGACAGCAGUAUUUGGCCAACAGAAUCUCAAUCGUCCAGUUCCCCAACAACCUCAUUUGACUUACCUGUUGAUGGGCAGUCAUAUUACACCAAUCUCGCACUUCCUCUUCCGUGGGAUAUACAUCGCAUUGAGCUUCCAGUACUUAGGGCUGUAUUGUUUUUGUACAGCGAGAAACUCUACGGUAUAUGGCCAUUGGUACGAGUCGAUGACCUGCUGUUUCGCCUCGAGACCGAGAGUAGUGACCCCGAAUUAUAUGCCUUAGCCACCGCGCUCUGUGGGGCUACGUUAAGUUACCUGAAUGGUGACUAUGACAUCUACGACAUGGCUCCAGAGUCCUUGGUUGCUGAGACGUUCGUCGCUGAGAGUCGCAGGGUGCGGGCCACAUUUGAUUACAUGGACCCAGUCGGGCUCAACACUAUUCUAACCAGCUAUUUCCUCCAUAUGCAUUACGGCCGACAAGCCUUGCGGACACAAAUGGCUGCCUUCUACAUCCGGGAAGCCAUUACCUUUGCCCAGCUCCUUGGAUUGCACAAUGAAUCUACCUACACCUACCCAUCCCGGACGACUCGCGAGCAGGCUGUUAUGCGACGACUUUACUUCUUACUAUUCAUGACAGAACGAUAUCUAUGCAUACAACAAGGGCUACCGACCGUCCUAGACAGCAUAAGCCUGCCCAACGUGCUCGAAGGAGAGGAACAAUAUCCAGAAGUGGUCCAGGGAUUCUUCAAUCUGGUGACUCUCUUUUGCACACCCGGCAAAUCGUUCUUCGGUAUGUGGACGAACAAUAGUGGUGGUCGGAGCAUCAGCAGAGACCAGCUUCUGCUCAUCCAGCACGCCAUUCAAGCAUCUCUUCCACUUGCAGCUGGCCAUAUAGAUUCUCAACCUAUCAGUGGUUUGGGCGGCAAUAAGGAUGCCAACAUCCGAGCUUCGUUACCGAAAAAUCAUAUCCAGCUUGUGGACAUUGUGGUCAGCCAGCAUUGGUUCAGGUCACUUGCAUGGAAACUGUCGGUUCUGUGUGGCUAUGUGUCACCCAAUUCGACCUCGUCUGGCGCUCUUUCAAUCACUUACCCACUGGAAAUUGCAGUCGACACGCUCCGUGGCAUCCAAAAAUUCCCCAAGCAGGCAUUCGAGGCUCACGGGCCGGGAAUGGAGGCCAAAAUGUGUGAGAUUGCAGCUGCACUGGCGGACUCGAUACUCUGCAGCCCUGCUAGUGAUGCAUCGGCAGACAAGUACUGUAGGGAUAUCGGCGCCAAGGCGGUUUUAAAGGGACUAAUAGAUCGUAUUUUUGAGACACAAACUAUGAGCUCUGAUCUGAGAGAUAACUUAUCAAAGAAAAUUGCAGGGCUGUUGGAUUGCUCGACAAUACCUCCAUCCGUGUCGAUUCACCAGGAACUGGAGGAUGGAGAGCAGUACGAUGUUACCUAG